UGUCUGAAUGGUCUGGAAGAGUGAUUCUUUUAGCACAGUUUAUUAAAACUGUAAAUAAAGGAAUAUGAUAACCAAAAGGUUUGAUGUAAAAAUGAGGGCAAAGUUUAGUCGGGAAAGCAUAGAAACAUUGUUUACGGAUGGAUUUUCUCGGACUGUUUAUUUUGUCUGCUAACCUUAUUGUAUUUUGAGAUGAGCGAGAAGGAUCAUAAUCAGUGGCGCCAUUCACGUAGAGAGGCAUUUACAGCUCGCUCAUCUUCUGCUCCUCAGAGCAGACAGAGUGUUACACCACAGAGAUGGCGAGAUGUUCCAUGUCCCACUGUUGGGUCUUUCAUGGUGGAAAACCGUUUGGAGGAAGUCUUAAUGGGUGUUGUACCAUCUGAUUUGCCCCUCAACCAGUUCUGCUGCUUAACGGAAGAGGAUUUGAGGACAAAAUUUAAUGUAGAUGACAAUGAAAAGGUGAAGCAUGUUAUGACUGUAAUACAACUUGCUAAGGAAUUUGAAACAACAUGUCAAGUGGAAAGAACAGCAUCAUCUCCAACUAUUUCAUCUCCUAAACCUUGUGAAUUUGAUGACUUGCUAUCUCUUUUUCCUCGAAAACCUAGGCCUAUUUCCCGCCAAAUUUCAGAGGAUGUUAGAAUUCGAAGAGAAAGUUUUGGUUCCAGCCCUCACUCGCAACAUUCACCUCAGGUUGAAUCGUCUAAUUUACUUCGAAUGAGAGCUUCUUUGAUGGGUCAGUCAGCUCCAUCUUUGUCAGCUUGUAUGAAGGAUUUGGUACCUGCUCGUCGUGGAAGAGCCGCUCGAAAAAGCUUCAUCUGUAAUACCUCACCUACAUUACCUCGUUGCAAUUCCCCUGUUUUACAAGGUAUUCCUACUGAUUCCUUGCGGAAUGCAUCAUCCAAUUCACAUUCUAUUAGUGCUUCUGUGAAACGAGUUGAUGGCAGAAGAUGGUCAUUAGCUUCACUUCCAUCAUCAGGUUAUGGUACUAAUACUCCCGGAAGCUCUAAUGUUUCAUCUCAGUGUUCUUCACAAGAAAAGUUACACAUGCUAACUCAUGCUAAUGUUGAGGAUGGCCCUUCUUCCAUAACACAUUUCAGCAGCAAUGAGAGCAAUCCAGGGCUUGAAGAAGAUGGUAGGCAUUCUCCAGUUGUCAGGCCUCGUUCAAGAAGUCUCAGCCUGGCCUGGUUGUGUCUUGCACCUUUAGACCCUCUACGAUCACCUGGUGUAGAUAGUGAGGUUGCUGCUAUGAAUAAUGUAUAUAAAGAAAGGUUUCCAAAGGCUACUCAACAGAUGGAAGAAAAAUUGCGUCAGUUUUUGAAUGAACAUAGACAUUAUGAUCACAGUGAUUCUCUGGAUGCUGUUGCUCGUUUUGUUCACCAUCAGAUCAUUCAGAUGGCUGAAGAUUGCCUUGCUCAAUCCCAAAACCAAAGUUUAACUUGUAAUUACUUCAUUGAAUUAUCUGAAAAUUUGGAGAAGCUUUUAUGCCAGUGCAUAGAUAAAUCCCCUGAAGCUGUCCAAUACAUGAAAAGCCUCAUAAAAAAGCUGUUAAUAAUUAUUUCUCGUCCAGCUCGCCUUUUGGAAUGUCUAGAAUUUGAUCCUGAAGAAUUUUAUCGAAUGUUAGAAGUUGUGGAAGGCCAAGCUAAAGUACAGCAAGGUGUCACAACUGAUAUUCCAAAAUACAUAAUUAAACAAUUGGGAUUGAAUAGAGAUCCUCUAGCAGCAUUUUCCCUAACGAUUCCAAAUCAUCAAAGUGAAUUACUUAAUUCUGAAGCUUCCCGUCUAGAAUUAAAUCGAGAUUUAUCUAAUGAACUUGAUUUACAGUAUCAGACUGAACAGACCGAUUUUUGUACAAAAGCUGGUCGAGAACUUUUCCCUAAAUCAAAGCCUCCAUCUGAAAGUGAUUUUGAAACAGUAAAAUUGAUAAGCAAUGGAGCUUAUGGAGCUGUUUAUCUGGUUCGUCAUAUCAAAUCAAGAAUAAGGUUUGCCAUGAAAAAAAUAAGCAAGCAUAAUUUAAUGUUGAGGAAUCAAGUUGAGCAAGCAUUUGCUGAGAGAGACAUAAUGAGCUUUACUGACAACCCAUUUGUUGUAAGCAUGUUUUGCAGCUUUGAAACCAAAAAACAUCUAUGCAUGGUUAUGGAAUAUGUUGAAGGAGGUGAUUGUGCGACACUUUUAAAAAACAUGGGACCACUUCCUGUAGACCUAGCUCGUUUCUACUUUGCUGAGACUGUUCUGGCGGUUGAAUAUUUACACAGUUAUGGCAUUGUACAUAGAGAUCUGAAACCUGAUAAUUUAUUGAUUACAGCAAUGGGGCAUAUCAAACUUACUGAUUUUGGAUUAUCAAAAGUAGGAUUGAUGAACUUGGCAACAAACUUAUAUGAAGGAUAUCUGGACAGAGAAACUAAACAGUUUACAGAUAAGCAAGUAUAUGGAACACCUGAGUACAUUGCUCCAGAAGUUAUUCUGAGACAAGGAUAUGGAAAACCUGUUGAUUGGUGGUCUAUGGGAAUUAUCUUGUAUGAGUUUUUGGUUGGUUGUGUUCCAUUUUUUGGAGAAACACCAGAAGAGCUAUUUGCACAUGUGAUCAAUGAUGAAAUUGAAUGGCCUUCUGAUAAUGAAUGGCCAGCAACAGAUGAGGCUAAAGAUUUGAUUGCCUGCUUGCUUCAACAAAAUCCUCGCGACCGUUUAGGUACUGGAGGUGCACAUGAAGUGAAGGAACAUCUUUUCUUUGAAGAAAUUGAUUGGAAUUCAAUUUUGAGGCAGAAGGCUGAGUUUAUUCCUCAACUUGAUUCAGAAGAUGAUACAAGUUACUUUGAUACUCGUACAGACAGGUACUGUCAUGAAUUGGAAGAUUCAGAAGACUUGGAUGAUCCCGAUGAAAGUGCUUUAUUUAGCAGUUUUUCUUCUUGCUCACCUCGAUUUAGGAAAGUCUACUCAAGAGUUGAAAAGGAAUUGGAAGAAGAGCACAUGCUCCAAAACAAAGAAGAAUACAGAAAAUCAUUCAGCAGAUCCGAUUCAAAUACUUCAGAUCAUUCAGAAAGUCCAAAUUCUCUAAUGGGCAGCCUGGCUGAAACUCCUGAGGAUGUUGGCUCAAAGGAUGUUUUCUUGCCUUUUGAUGCUUCCUUAUAUCUCAAAUACAGCAAUGGUAAAUCCCUAUCCACCAGCAUGCUGAAUCUGGAAAGUGAGAAGCACCUAACCAUUUCCAAACUCACUCUAUCGAAGGACACCCUCCCACGAUUUUCCAUCAGUACAGACUGUGAGGUAAUGACAGAAGAUCAUAAGGAGCUGUCCCCCGUGGAGGAAACAGAUGCUAAGGUCUCUCCACAAGCUCAUGGACCACCGACUACUACAAGCCGCAUUUUUAUUCCCCCUAUUUCUCCCAUGACCAAGCAAAGCCCUCGUUCUGUCAUCAAAUCAGCUUCUGUAUCUGGGUUGUCUCUCAUCAUUCCAACAGAUGAAUUUGGACCUCCUCCAAUUGGAUCUCCAGGUGGAUCUAGUACAAGUUCCAGAGAUGCCUCCCCUAGCAGAGAGUUAGGUCCUCUAGUUGCUCAAUUGAAACCACCUAUCAUUAUCAGAAAAGGAGCGAGAGGAUUUGGUUUUACUGUUAGGGCUAUUCGAGUGUAUUAUGGAGAUUCUGAUGUAUAUACUGUUCAUCAUCUAAUCAUGGCUGUCGAGAAAAAUAGUCCUGCUUUUGAAGCAGGUUUGAGGCCUGGAGAUUUGAUUACCCAUAUUAAUGGAGAACCUACUCAGGGUUUGCUGCACCAUCAGGUAUUGCAUCUUAUUCUUUCAGGAGGUGAUCGCAUUAACAUUCGAACCAUACCAUUGGACAGUACGACCAUUAAAUCUGGUGGCCGCAAACGUAAUCCAUCAGCUAUUAAAAUGGCCAAGAGACCUUACUCUUGCCGUCGACGUUCAGCCCAGGUUAAACGUGACAGUCAUUCUGAUAAAAAACGCAGAGCUUCUCUUCUCCGUCGUCUCAGUAGCAAGAGAGCUAGUGCUGAAAUACACCAAUCUGUUACUGGAUCUUCGCCUGUUCUGACUCCCAGUCGCAGUUUCCAAUCUCUUACAAGAAGUCUGACUGCAGCAGAUAGUUUGCCAGCAUCUCCAACCAGAACCAAAAGUCCACGAUCACCACCGACAGCCAGAUUAUGCUCACAAUCAGAUUCUCCACACUCCACGGGUAAUUCCUCGCAAAGUAGCUCACCAAGUUCCAGUGUCCCUAAUUCGCCAGCCAGUUCGACUCACCUUCCCCAUUUUCCUCGUCCAAGCUCCCUCCAUGGCCUGAAGCACAAGUUGACCCAAACAUUCCAUUCGCCAAGGAGAAAGUCUGUUGGACACAUACCUCUUUCACCAUUGGCACGUACACCAUCACCAUCACCUAUCACUUCUACCUCCCCUACACGCUCCCCAUCUCCUCUUGCAUUCCCAGUUGUUCAUCAUCACCCUUCCACUUCACAGGCUUUGAAGACAACUUCAAUUCUACCUUUGUCUGCAACCAUCUGUUCAUCAGCAAAAAAGUCAUUCAUGAGGCCAAAAAGUGCAGAGCCUAGCUCUCCACUGUUACGAAGAGCCUUGUCACCUGAUCGGCUCCACCCCAAGUCAGCUGAAGCAAAAGCAAAGCGAGAAUCCUUCUCAGGACAAGCUUCUCCCCUGGCGCUGGCUUCAUCUCCAUCCCCAAGAGGACACUACUUGUCACACAGCACCUCUGCCAAACUCAGUGUGACAUCUCAGCGGUCUUCUUAUGGAGUCUCUGGUGUUGGCAAGAGUAUGAGCGAUUUGGCUGAUGUCUCUUGCGAUUCAUAUUCAUUCCAGGAAAACGAGGGAAUGUGUUCCACUCCUAAAUCAAGGCUGGAUAAUAGAGUAAGUCGCUCAACUGUUACCCAAAUGCGGCGGCGAGGUGAGAAACCAAUCAAGUCACUGUUGAGCCAGCAACUCUUUGCUGCUGAGCUAGAAUCUCAAAAAGAGUCUGAGGUAACAAAAACUAUGGCAGCCGGAACUCCUGACAUAGAAAUUACAAGAUGUUCACUGUCAUUAGAUUCAGAUGAGGAAGGUUCUAGCAAAGCUCCUUCUCCAUAUGGAUCUUUAAACAGUAGAAGAGAGAGAAGUGAGUCUGAACCAAUUCCUGCAUCAAAUUUUAGUUUUGAUGCAACAAAAAGUCCAGGGCGUAUUUCACCCACUAAAGUUUCAACUAAUAAAGAUGCCUUUUUGGCAUCAAGCUCUACUGUAUGUGAUAAAAAAACAACUUCAAUUGUUAAUAUAGACAAGACAGAAACUGUUAUUCAAACUAGAAAUAGCCAAACCUCUGAAUUUAAAGAUGUUAAUCAACUUGUUGAAUGCAAGAAUGUGAACGAAUAUGUUGAUCACAAGGGUGGCAGUAAAUCUGCAGAAUGCAAAGAAAUCAGCCAGUCUGUAGAAUGUAAAGUAAGCAGUCAUUCUGUCGAAAGUAAAGAAAGCAGUCAUUCUAUUCAAAUUAAAGCUGAUCAAAAACCUAUUGACAAUAAAGAUGUGAAUCAGUCUACCAAGCAGAAAGAUGUUGAGAAACAAGGGCAAAGUAAAACUGAACAAGUAAAAUCAAAAGUGAUCGAAAAAUCCAAACAAGAUGAUAUAGUUAGCAAAACUGAAUCUAAUAUUUCAGAAGUGAAAAUUCAGAGUUUCAAAGCUAGCUCUAAUUUGGAAAAAUCAAAACAAAUUACAGAAAAGGCUUCAAGUAAAGAUAGCAAUGUUUCUACUGCACAAGUUUCAGCUGUUAGUCAGUCAGUUGUUGUUGAAGAGGCAAAAAAAGUAUCUGUUUCUCGAAAGAUUGCUUCUGUGGAAAAGCCUGUUAUUAUGAAUGAAGAUACAAAAAAGAUGGAUGACAAAAACAAAACAUACACAUCUUCUGUAGAAAUCAAGCUGUCAAAGUCCAAACCUGCUGAAGUAAAAUCAUCAUCAGACAGCACGUCCAAGAAAGAUCAGAAAGCUGAAUUAGUAAAGAAGACUGCUGAGAAGAAAAAGUCGGAAAAGGAUUAGACAAGAAUGAUGUUUUCCUUGUAAAUAGAUCUAGAAUAUAUUGCAAGCUGACCAAACUAUGUUUGCUGAGAUUAUUUAAUUCUUCCAUUUCCUAAUAUUAUUUAUUUCCUUUGUAGAUGGUCAUUUUUCAUUUGAAAGCAAAUAUGUCAUUUAGAAUUUUGAUUGUAUAAAAAAAUAACUUUUUGUUCCUGAUUGCAUUAUUCCAUAUUAACAAAAGCUUAGAUCUCCUGUGUAGUUACAUUGUCCUGCUUGUACUGAAUAAUUCUGAAAGAUGUCUGAAAUCCUGAUUAUAAGCAUUGACUUUUCUUAUUAUUUUUAAAUCAUUUGAGAAAAAUGUGUAUAUAGUUAUUUUAUAUAAAACUAUUUUACGUGAAUGAAUUGGCUUUUUUUAAAUAUUUCUUUGCUGCUGAUGAUGAAUAAAUUAUUUAU